AUGGCAAGCAGCAUCCCAGCAAGUGUGCGAUCCGCUGAUAUUGGGCGCUUCGCUCUGCGCGCGGCGCAGAUUGAGAAGGCGAAGCCAGUCAUUGCCUACUGGUGUAAUUACCAUAUCGUGAACCAAAUAAUCGCCCGAGGGCUUCACAACUCCAGCGAUGAAGUCAAAUUAUACACCGUUGAUCUGAUGGACAAAUUGGAACAGUUCAAGAACGAGAACCCAGAAAAUGAAACCAUUACGGAUAGUGUCGCUGCGAAUGCAUAUGUGGAGCAGUUUGGAGUGGAAGUUUUCGAUCGCGCCCAGGCAGCCAUGACUGCUAAUAAAGUCACCAGACAAACAGGUGAUACAUUCCUAGCAGCGGCUACGUUCCUCGAGCUGUGCCAGAUAUGGGGAGAUAUGGACCCAGAGAUCGCCGGGCGCAUCAAAUUUUCCAAAUACCAUGCAAUCCGCAUCACGAAAGCUAUUAAAGCGGGAGAAGACCCCAAUGCUUCGAAUCCUGCACCAAAAGAGGAAGAGGAGGAAGCUCAAGUUGAGAGCUCGGAUAUUCAGGCCUUUGACGACUCCGUGGCAGAACAAGCAGCCAAACCGAGACAAGCAUCCGUGGAGGAGAUCCCCGAUGAGUCCGAUCGUCUUGGGCGGCAUAUGGCCCAUCAAUCAUCGCUUGACGAGUCCCUUCACCCUUCUCGAACAUCGUCCUUGCCACCAUCUGCUACUGCAACACCACCUGAGAUCCCUUCGGUUCCACAGAAUGCCCCAGGUUCUCCGCUACAGAAAAUGGACCUUGAUAACCAGUCCAGCGGCCUUGAGCUUCCCUCAACCCCGAGCACAAUUGGGAACUCAGGCUCUAUCCCGCAGUUACCAGACACACCUGGAUUUGCUAGCACGAACAGGGCUCCACCAAAUGCCUUCCAAUCCUUCCCCCUCCCUCGAGUCCACCAGUCGCCGGACCCGACCCAGCUUCAUUCUACGAUGCAUCAACUGCCAGUGCUCAUAUUCCGGCUCCAGCAGCUGUCCCCGCUGGACCGCCUGCAUUUACUCCCCCUGUAG